CCGUUCAUUAAUUUUACAUAAGUGCAUGCUGUCAAGUCUAAAGUGUCCCCAAAAAAGGGAUGCUUUAUAUUGCUGUCUAAGAAAGCAGAGGGAUGAAAACAGAUACAGGGUUGCCCGUGCCUGGAGUGUUUCUGCCGAUUUCAAGCGUAAAUGAUUUUCCAUUUAACAAUAAACAAGUGUCAACCUGGAGCAAAGCAGGAAAACAGAGAGCUUUAAAGCUUUGAGGUUUUUUGUCCUAACUUAAUUAGUGUGAGCUUAACACGGUCCUGCUGCCAGAAGUGUCAUCUGUACCCGUAAUCACAGAGGGGUUUGUGAUGCACAGUUUGACAGAUCUCCCACAGCUCCUGGGGAGUUCACGUUUCAGUUUCCAGCCUGGAUUAAUUUCUUGUCUGGUAAUUGCAUUUGGGAAAUCUGCAGCCUUUCCAGUUACAAUUGGACAGGCUGCUUUUCCCUUGAAGCCCCAGACCAUUACUCUCAGUUCAAAAGCCUGCUGUCUUUCCCUUGCAAGGACUAAAGUGACUCGUGCAUAAGUGAUGUGGUUAUAAAUCAAUCUGACAGGCUUUCAGAAAGAAGUACCCACAUAAAUAAUUUACAGUAUUUGAUUCGUAUUUCUGCCAGGUCUGGUCUCCAGAACGGGCUCUUUUCUUUUACUCCUUCUGUGUGUAUGUAUGUGAAACUCGUUUUUGGAGAGCAGAUUGUUCACUUUUGAUUUUGCAGCUGUGAGGUGUUGCUGUUUCACACCUGGAAAAAAGCUUGUCUGACAGACAAGUUCCUCUUCUCCUUCAGUUCUACCCUGUAGAGCAACAAAACAGGGCAGGUCUUAUUACAACCCCAGCUCACUGUUUGUUGCUGCAGGAAAUUCUUUUAUAUAUAAUAUCAUCAAAAGAUUAUUGGUGCAGGAGUACCACUUAAUACCCUGAAUGAGUGUGUUUUUUUAGUGCAGAAUUGUGAGUUAACACAAAGAAAUUAAGUAGUGCAAGAAGUAGGAUUUAUAUUCCUGGAAAGCAAAUGUAUUUCAAAUUUAGAAUUGCUUGGAACUACCUGUUUCACAAGGUGCUAGGGAUGCAUUUUUAACGAGUGAAACUCUGUGGACCCUCUGUAAGGCACAAAUGACAGCAGGCACUGAAUUUUAAAACAGCAAACAAAAUUGUGUGGGAAAGGAGCAAUUGACACACAACACGGCUACGAAGGAAAACGUUUGGAGGCACAACCAGCAACAUUUGAAAAAUAUGGAGGUGAAAACACAGCAGCACGUGGGAUAAACCAACCAAUUUGGACUGGAACUGGGUUUGUAACUGCUGGGGAAGCAGGGCCCUAAACAACCUCCAGUAGAUGAUUGAUGAAUUUGUGACAGCUGUAUAAAGGUUGUUAUGAGCAGGAAACAGCACAAUGAAAAAGGAGGUGGGUUUCUCAUCCCACAUUCCAAAAAUGCAGGAAUUGACCAGGUAGGUUGUUUCAGAUGUUGGAUGUGUUCAAAAGCUCUUAAAUAGGAACACUCCCCCACAAAGGCACUGUGUUGUUCUGCUAAGCUUCUGUAAAGGUAAGGAAGGAAGAGCUUUACCCUGUGUUCAUUAAAAUGUUAAUUAAUAAAAAGUGGAACCGGAAUUAGUGUUUUCUGUUUAGUGCAGGGAGGGGAUCAUCAUCCUAGAAAUGCCAAACGUAAACCUAGCAGUGCCUGAUAAAUCUACAAGUUUAAAUUAUGCUUUAGGGGCCACAUAGAUUCCACUGGAAUAAAUGAGGCUUGAAGGUGUCAGAUGUGACACGUGCCCUAACAGGGUAGAACUUAUCAUAGUGCUGUUUGUAUGCCUUGAAAGCAAAUGUAAUUAAAUUACUGCAGGUAGCUCAAACUUCCUGAUUAUAUCUUUUUUUAUUCUCUUACUACAGAAUGUAGCCUGAAUCAAUGAGAUGUAUCAAUAAAGGUAUUGGCAGCAUCAGAGCCCACCUUUAGCCUACAGUGAACACCCAGUCUCAUGACCUCCCCAUGCAUUUCAUUGUUAAACCUGUAAAAUGGUAUGCCUGAAAGCCAGAGGAAAGAUGGCAACAGCUCAAGCAGCAGCAACAGUGCCAGCACUGACAGUUCAGGUGCUUCCUUUGGACAGUACCACUACACAGCCAGUGAAUACCAAGCCAUCCAGCACGCUCUUCGUCAGAGACUGGGUCCGGAUUAUAUCAGCAGUCGGCAGGCUGGAGGAGGACAAAAGGUCUGUUACAUUGAGGGUCACAAGGUCAUCAGUCUGGCCAACGAGAUGUUUGGCUUCAACGGCUGGGCCCAUUCAGUCACUCAGCAGAACGUUGACUUUGUUGACCUCAACAACGGCAGGUUCUAUGUGGGUGUCUGUGCCUUUGUCAAAGUUCAGCUUAAGGAUGGGUCAUACCAUGAAGAUGUGGGAUAUGGAGUCAGCGAAGGCCUGAAGUCCAAGGCCUUAUCCUUAGAAAAGGCAAGGAAGGAGGCAGUAACAGAUGGACUGAAGAGGGCACUCAAGUGCUUUGGGAAUGCUCUUGGGAACUGCAUCCUAGACAAGGACUACCUACGAGCUGUGAAUAAGCUUCCACGUCAGGUACCCCCUGAGUUAAAUUUGGUCAAAGCUAAAAUACAGGACUACGAGCCUGAAAUAGAGAAAGCGAGAUACACCAGCUAUUUGGAAAGGCAGAACGCAGCAGGGAGACAGCACUGCGGGGUGGCAUCUCACUGUGAGCCUGGUCACACAGAGGCUGCUGUGGUGACAGUACAUGAGAAACAGCCAAAUAGUCCCAGGGACAGGAACACAGACUCCUUGGCCACGGAGUGUGAUGCCACUUACCAGCGGAAACUGCGACAGAAGCAGCUACAGCAACAGUUCCGGGAACAGAUGGAGAGAAACCAUCAGGUUCCAGCAGGUACUCCCAACAGCAAACAGGCCACAUCUGAUCCUCCCAUAAAACACAGCACUCCAGCAGCAGUACAACAGGAGCUAGCAAUAGAAGAGGAGUUCUUUGCAGAUGACCCUGAACUCUGGGACAUUUCCUUGGAGAGCACUGAGCUUAAGGUAACAGGUGCCCAAAUGGCAGACCCGUCAUCAGCCGGACACCAGACACCUAAAACAGCCCCCGGACAUCACCCGACGAGGACCCGCAACAGGACACCCCACAGAGCCAACCACCACAAAGCCUCUGCCAGACCUGCACAGCUGCAGACACCUGCUACAGCCACGAGCAACAGCAGCGCCAACCAGCACAGCCCAGGGUGCAGCCCCCUCGGGAGAAGUCAGAGCUUGAAGAAAAGGAGACUGGAACCUCCGUAAGGCACCCGUACCCCCAUCACAGGACUGCAGCUGGCUUUUCAAAUUGUGUCAAAUGGAGUUUGCUGUGUAUUGUGGUGAAACAACAGAGAAGAGUUUCGUACAGCCAGCAAGAACUUCAUGUACUUUUAAGUUAUUACGCAUUUCAGAGGCCUUUUUCUAUAAACAAGCAAUCAUUUGUGCCUCUGCAGCACUGGUGGACGAUACGUGUAAUUUGCCUGAAACAGGAACAGAAUGAAUUGUUAAAAAUGAGGUGCAAUUUAUAGCUUCUCUCUCUCUCCCUCAGUGCUACAUUUCAGCACAGAGGAAAGAGAUUUUUAAUGAAAUGGGGAGCAGGUGGGUCAUGGUCAGAGGACAGAACAUCCGACCUGUGGCUGCCCAUCGGCGAGGCCGAGGGUGUGACGCUGUGGCAGCAUCCGAGGUGCAGCCCAGCCUUUUCCCUGUGGCUGCACAAACAGAGCCCAUCACUCUUCCUCAGCCUGUUCCUCAGCCAUCCCAGGCAGCAGCAGCAGCAGCUCCACGUCCAGCCCUGCCUGUGGCACAGGGCAGGAGCACACCAGGACUGCUGCCCACACUGUGUGGCAUCGCAGACAGUGUUUGCUCGGAUCCUUUGGGAAAUGAAUGGAAGCUGCACUUCUGUUUUUAAAUAAGCUUUCGGCCCUUCUCAGUACAGAAAUAAACAUGAAAUUUGCAAAACAAACCACGCUGGGAGCUGUUUGUGUCUCUGUGCCCUUCCAGCCUUUACAACUCGCUCCCUGUGCGACAGUCUCAAAGGAGUUAACACGUUCCGACUGGAAGCUAAGGAGGAACCACCACAUCUGCACAGCCUCACGUCUGCUUUAGGAUGGGCAAACAGAAAACCUCACAGGGUUUAAAGGUUAGAGCAGAGCCAACAGCUGUUCCUUCUAGUAAGAAGGUCAAAGGAAGAAUUUUUAAGCACUAUUGGAAUAAUACUCCUGUAUCCAUUUGGAGCAGCUCCAUGCUGAAAAGGGAGGAGUUCUGCUGGGCUGAAAUACUUGUUCUCUUCCUCUGUAGUGAAGUGGUUCAGCUGCAGCUCCACCACCACAUCAGGGUUCAGGCACCUGUGCUUUGCCAUCACUGCUCUGUCUAAAUGUAAACACCUUUGAAAUACUCAACAUUUAUUCCUGUUCCUCCUACACUACCUUCACCACUUAAUCAGUCCUUUUCCCUUAAAAGAUCCUCUACUAUCCACUUACCUCCUCAACAGGACAAGGAACAGCACAGAAAGACAGGACAAGGUGUAAUGAAUGGUAAUAGAUUAUAUCUAAAAACAGUUUCACAUUUCACCGUACUCAUUUCUUGCCAAUUCAGUUCUGCCUUCGGAACAGCUCAGGGAAGAAACACAUUCCAUGUGUUUGAGUCACGCACUCGCUGCUGAAACCAUAUACCUGCUAGGAAGGAAGGGAAUGUGCAGACAUUCAGAGUUACUGGAUUCAAAGCUGCUCCACGCUGUCACAAUGAAAAACAUUCAAAAGUCUCAUAUAAACGUAACUGCCUCAGCUUUCUUGGCUCUGGAAACAGUGCCAGUGUAGCUGUGCCUCCCCUAAGAGAGAUCAUCACAAGGAGCCUCUCGGGAUUGGUCCCUUUGAAAAGGGCAGGAAAACUUAUACUUGGAGCUUUUUUCCCCUUUGAGGCCUUGUGCAGCAUGACUCAUAACAGAAGCUGCUCUUAAAAUGGAAAGAAAUGCAGCAGCAAUUCGUGUUUAGAAAUACCAAAUUCCUGCAAGUCUACAGUUGAGAAUGACCCUGUGAAGUAGUUCCACAAAUCUGAGGACUGAAUUCCUGUUAUAAAGCUCAGUGACCUCCUUCUCCCCAGCCCCACAGGUGCACAUCCCUGCUCCCGUCCACCCCAGAGCGAAGGGCAGGGGAGCCAGCAGAGGGAAAGCCCCCGGGAAAGGCACUCCCCCCAGCCUUGCAGCACCCCUGCUCUUGCUUCACUGCCAAAACCAAGCACAGGACCUCACCUCCACCUGUGCUUGCAACAGGGAGUGCCACCAAGUCCUUGUCUGUCACAGCUGAGUGUGUUUGGCAAGUCUGACACUCCCACAGCUGAUCCAUUAUCCUGCACAGCUUCUCCCUCCCACUCCCUCAGGCCACUCCUCUCCUAAAGAUUCAUUCCACAAAUGAUUCCUUGUAGUACCUUGUUUUGGAGUAUCCUAUUAAAGGCCAAAGGCUCCUGAUAGCCUACAUUCAAUAGCCUACAAAGGUGACAAACUGGAGCACAGGGCGCAGCGAGAAGA